AUGACUAUCUCUGCCUUCCCACUGCCCAUAUCUCCCCUCCCAUCUCCUCCCCCCACCUGCCCUCUCAGUCUGGAAGCUCUCUGCAACCACCUCGCCUCCACCAAGCACCUCCUUUGGUGCGACGAAACUGCCCCUGCAGCCAAAGGCGUGGAGGGAGCAGCAGGCAGCAGCAGUCGUGAGCUGGACGCAGGGGGGCCUGGGGAUGGACUGCCACGCCCCUCUGCUGAGGCCCUUACUGCCACGUGGCAGAUGCUGCAGGUGUCACGACGGCUGAGCGAAUCAGACCCCUGUACGAGCACCAUCCGGGCAUGCCUUGGCAGGCUUCUGGCUGCUCUGGGGAUAUGGGAUGCUUCCGCCGUUUCCUUCAAGCCUCCAGCCACAGCAACUUCAACAGCAGCACCAACAGCAGUGUCAGCACCCACGGGUGGUGUGACAGUAGUGAAUGCGGAUCCAGCAGGAGAGGGCGUUCACGAGGGGGUGAUUGUAUCGGUGCUUAAGCUGCUGGCCACCCUCCUUGUUGAUCCAGAUGUCCAUGCCAUUCAGCUCGCCGCACAAACAAUCGAGGUCCGUCCGGUGCUUGCUCUGCUCCUGCCUUCCUCCUGCCUGCUUAAGCUGUUGAGUCAAGAUCCGUCGCUCUUCCCUGUUGCAUCAGCGCUGCGACUGCACCGUGUCACAGCCAUUCUCAUGACAGAGAGGGGCCAUCGGGUCUUUACUGCAACAGGCUUUGAGGAGAAGCAGUACCUCGAGGCGCACAUAAAGACGGUCAACACCGCCCAUGCACAGCAGAUUAUCCAGCGCCUAAGAGCCGAUGCAGGAGCCUCCAUGCCUCCACUGGACGACCCCGCAGUGUGGCAGGCAGUGGGCGCAUCUCACGAGGCGUGGGUGUGCCGCGUGGUGCAUUUGCUCAUUCUGCACGCGCCAGACGACAUUCUCACUCUGUGUGCGCCGCUGUGCCGUGUGAACGCCUCACUCGCUGCACUGCUCCUCCCCCACACACUCGCCACCCUCGCUGCCUCGCAUGCACCCACCAGUCUCCUCUGCCGCACUAUCUCAACCCAGCUCACCACUCACGUGCUGCAGCCAGCGCAUGCGGUGUCUCCGCGCACGCUGCAGCUCCUCUUAGACGCGCUCACCGCCCUCAGAGCCUGCCACACCCGCGCUCGCAUCGCCCCUCCCCCCACUGCUGCUGCUGCUGCCCGUGCUGCUGCCUCUGCCAUGGGCGCUCGAAAGAGUGCUGCCAAGGCAACAUCAGCAGCAGCUCCCUCCACUACCACAGAGGCCUCUACACGCACAGCAGCAGGCGUGGCUGGCAGCAGCAGCAAGGGCAAACGAGGGGGCAGACGGGGGACCAAGAAGAGUGCUGCUGAGUCUGCUGCAGGGGGGCAGGAGGGGCCAGCAGUUGGGGCAGAAGCAGAAGAAGCAGGUGCAGCUCAACUGAGGGCAGAGGAGAAAGGGGCUGAAGUGGAUGAGGACGAGCCAGAGGCUCCUCAGCACUGGCAGUCUCCUGUCUGGUUGCAACUGGACUUGCUUACCCUGGCACAGGCUGCACAGCACUGUGGUGCGACACUCACGGCCAUUCUCUAUGCCGAGCUCUGGUGUGAGGCACACUUUGGACGGCCCACUCUCGGCGAACCAAGCUUUGAUGAAGACUCCGACGCGUUUCAAUCUUGCCUCGACACCUGUUGUGUUGUGCUCUUUCCCCCACCUUUCCCUCCCCUUACCCUCAAUGCGCACUUCCUGCCAAUGGCGAUUCUCUCCUCUCCCACAUCACCUUCUAAGAUCCUCCCUCUUCUGCUCUGCUGGCAGGUGGAGCCCCACGAGGCGCUGCUGAUGGGGUGCUACAGUGCCGUGAACGAGCCCGAUGCCAUCUACGCUGUCGCCCGCACCAACAAGCUUCCGUCCCGUCUGGCCAUCGACCGCCACGAGGGGCGAUGGGAGAAGGUUCUAGAGACGCUGGACCAUGCCAUGUCCCACCGCCCUGCACCUGCUGGUGCUGCUCUUUCCUCUGGUGCUACUCCUGCAGUGCCCUCGUUACAUACGAAGCUGCCUGGAAGAUGGGCAAGUGGGACCUGCCAGCAGCUCAGCUCCCGGACUCGUCCAACUCGUCACCCUACCCGCCCUCCACCUUGCUCAUACUCACAGCCCCACCUGGCAGCAGCAGCACCACUGCGUCCACCAUGCCUGGUGCUGCUUCUGGCUUCCACGCCGCUCUCUACAGGUGUGUUGCAGCCUCCUUUAGAGAGCGGCGCCCCCUUUGUCACACUCACAGCCCCACCAGGCAGCAGCAGCACCACCACGUCUGCCAUGGCCAUGCCUGGCGGCGCUGCUGCUGGCUUCCACGCUGCGCUUUACAGGUGCGCUGCAGCAGUGAACAUCCCAUCCCCAUCGCUCCCCAUCGUUUCCUCCUCCAUGCUUCCACCCGCUCCCCUCUCUCCUCGUCCACCCAUCCAUCGCCCUCUCCCGACAACUAUUGUGUGCCAGCUGGCGUCCAUGUCAGCAGAGAGUGCCCUCCACAUCAACUCACGCCUCAUCCUCCUCCAGGCCCUGGAGAACGUUCGAGAGGCAGCAGCUCCCACACUCGCCCGUGGAGGGGGCCCGCCCAUUCACGCAGGGCAGGCACGGCACACAGAGGUGGGCAAGGCAGGGAUGGAUGGGGAAUGCAGGACUGCACACGUGGCAGCGCCAGCUGGCAGCGUGUGGGAGCAGCUUCGAGUUACAGGAGCCGCUGCUGAGCUGUCGGGGGGCGUAUCUGCGUGGGUUGACUGCCGUGCUGCUGACUGCCGUGCUGCUGACUGCCGUGCUGCUGACUGCCAUGCUGCUGACUGCCGUGCUGCUGACUGCCGUGCUGCUGACUGCCGUGCUGCUGACUGCCGUGCUGCUGACUGCCCUGCUGCUGACUGCCCUGCUGCUGACUGCCCUGCUGCUGACUGCCCUGCUGCUGACUGCCGUGCUGCUGACUGUCCUGCUGCUGACUGCCCUGCUGCUGACUGCCCUGCUGCUGACUGCCCUGCUGCUGACUGCCGUGCUCCUGAUUCCACAUGCGCGCGCCUUCUGAGCCAGGCAGCAGUGCAGGUGCAACAUCUCAAGGAUGCCUGCCGCACCCUCACAGCACGCAGCCACACACCCACCACUGUGCCGCACCUGCCACCAACAAGCAGCGCUGCCACAGCAUCGGCAGAGGAGGGGACGUGGGGAGUGGAGGGGGUGGCAUUCUGUGGGCGGGUGGAGGAGGCGAAGCUGCUGGCAUUGGAAGGGCAGCAGGACAUGGCCGUGCGCCUGCUGCAGCACCUGCUGCGCCCAGACCUGCCACCGCACGCUUCCCAGGGGUCUGCUUCACCUUCUGCCGCCUCUGCUGCUGUUACCACUGCUGCUGUUACCACUGCUGCUGUUACCACUGUUGCUGCUGCAUGUGUACCAGUGUCUGACCGCGUCUACACGCUCGGCUUGGCGGCCAAGUGGCUUGGGGAGACGCGCUCUAUAAGCUCGCGGGUGGUACUGAAUGACUACCUGUGGCGCGCAGUGGACCUCACAACCCACCCGCCCACUGCCUCACACUCCGCCUCGCCCUCUGCUGCUGCUGCUGCUGCCACUGCACCCCCAAGCUAUGCCUCCCUUCCGUUCGCCAAUAACUGGCACCAGCAGAAACAGGAGCGGCAGUGGAAGCAGCAGCAGCAGCAGCAAGGGGGAUAUGGUGGGCAGCAGGGGGGUGAGAGGGAGCAGGGGGGACAGGGGGGGGAGCAAGGCCAGUGGCAGCAGCGGCGGCAGUGGGGAGAGGUGCAUUUUCAAAUGGCGCGCUACGUGGAUGGGCUGUUUGUGGUGCUGCAUACUCGGCUGCACUCGCAGCAGUGGCGUGCGGCACAGGAUCUCACAAACCACAAGGAGGACGAGAGGCGGGUGUACGGGAUGAAGAUGAUGGAGCUACAGAAGCAGCUGAGCAUGGACGACCAGGAGGCCAACGACCUGCAGGUGCAACCCCCGCACCUUGCCAUUCCUCCUCCCUGCCAUCCCUCCUGCCUGCCAUCCGUGCAGGGAGAGCAUGACAUGUACCUACGUGCUGCUCUCGAGAACUACAGGAACUGCCUUCUGGCGGCCGACACGUUCAACAUCAAAGGGGUAACUGUUGAAGUGGUGUUCCGCCUGACAGCGCUCUGGUUCACGCUGCUCAAAAAUACCAACGCGGACACAGUGUUUCGCCUGACAGCGCUCUGGUUCACGCUGCUCAACGAUGCCACGGCUGACGCAGUCAAUGCGGAGAUGCUCACAACCAUCCAGACGGUGCCGUCAUACAAGUUCCUGCCACUCGUGUACCAGAUGGCAUCACGCAUGAGCGAGCGAGACCCCCACGGCUCACCGCCGCUGCACCCUGAGACACCCGACUUCCAGUCAGUGCUGACAACGCUCGUCAAGCGAAUGGCGGACGACCAUCCCCUGCACACCGUGCCUGUGCUCAUGGCGCUGGCCAAUGGCAACAGGGUGCGUAGCAGCCAGCGCGGGCGCAACCUCUUUGUCGUGGAUGAGGACAAGAUCCGGGCGGCAAAGGCUGUCCUGGGCGGCAUGGCUGAGCGGCACAAGCCCAUGCUGGAUGAGCUACUGGUGAAGAGAAGAGCCAAGCCCACCAUUCCUCUUUCAUCUUGCUUCCCGCCCAUCCUCGCCCUACCUGCCUGUCUGCCAGCCAAACCGCCCCUUCUAUCUUCCCCCAGAAUUCACCAGCUGAUGGAUAUGUGGAUAUGGAAUGCCGCCCUCAUUCGUCCUGUGGUGUGCCCCACAUCUCCCCAAUGCGCCAUCUUCACUCAACCCGCUUGCCUGCCAACCAAACCACCCCUUCCUUUGUAUGUCCCCACAGAUGCAGCAGCUGAUGGAUCUGUACAUCCGCCUAGCGGAGCUGGAGUCCAGCAAGGAGGAUCUCAUGCGUUCAAAGCAGCUACCGAGAAACUUCCGCAGCGUCAGGGACCUCUUGCGGGUGCCGGUGCUCACAGCCUCGGUGCCUGUGGAGUUCUGAGGCUCCUCAAAAACCAUCUCCUCCUGUCCUCACCGCACGCACGUGAGGCCCCCUCUCCUCCUGCUGCCUGCCCCCAGGUUCCCGUGCUCACAGCCUCGGUGCCUGUGGACCAAACCUGCUGCUAUGCCCCGGGCUCCUUCCCUGCCUUCUGCGGACUCAAGGACAGCAUGCGGUGA